AAUGUUGUUUUCUCUCUCAUUCCUUGCUAUUCAUUUCAGUAGUGCAGUGUGAUUUUUCUUGUGUGUGGUAAUGAUGAAAAUUUUGUAAUUUUUUAGCAAAAAUAUAAAAACUAUAGUCCAAUUAGUAAGAAAUAUGUGCUAAACAUUAAAACUUACGCAUAAUUAUUAAAAGCAUAGUGUCAUAAAUGUGAAAUGUGCUUAUAUUAAACUAAAAGAGGAUUAAGAAAAAUCUAAUGGGGAAAACUAAAUACACCGCAGAAAAAAAGGAAUGAAAAAGAGGCUGGAGAAGGUGUGAGGUGCAAAUUUUGAUUGGAAAGAAAUGAUUUUCAAGCUGCUCAUAUAAAAUUACGGAAAAUUUAUCUGUAAACCUAAAAUUAUACUUGUGAAUUUGUUAGUGAGGGCAAAUGUGCAUAAAUACUUGAAAAAAACUCGUAUGCAGUUUUUUAAAGCGCUACCGGUUUGUCAAAUACAGAAACUGGAUGAUCUGUGACACAGUAAUAGUGAAGUUUCUAGCCCCUACUGUUUCAGUGUAUCAAUUAACACCAGAUAUGACCAGAAAUGAUUGUCGGUGUUUUGAUAAAAAUAUAAAAAGUUUUAUCCAAAAUGUCGAUUGCUAUAGUAAAAGUUCUGUGAUAGUGUAAAAAUAUAUGACAAAAAUUUCAAGUGUUUAUUUAAAUAUUUCGCCAAUUGGACUGGGAAUUAAUUUAUAUUAUUAUAUUAGUAAAGUGACUUAAUUUCAUAAAAUAAUAGUUGCUAAUAAUCGUGAUUUCGGGUGCAAUGGAAAUUUUCGUUUAGAUUUUUUUUUUCUUUCAACGGACCUCGCCCGUCAAAUAUACAUACAUCGUCGGACGUAUCGUCUGGCAUGUGUGUAUUCACCCCGUCGGUAUCGUGGUGAAUCUGUUUUGAUGUUCUACUGUGUCGACAAAACAGUUCAGAAAUCUUCGAUAUAAGCGAAAACACGCAAGAGCAAGUGUGACAGCCAUAUCGCCAGUUUAGAUCGGCCGCGAACCAUCGGUCUGCUUCUGCGAACUUGUAUCAUAAAAGUAAACGAAACGUCACGCAAUUUAUCUUUUUUGCUUAUAUUUCUUCGUUCUCUUUUGUACUAUUUUUUCCAAUUGGAUUUUGUCACAGUCGUCAAAUGAUAUCAAGUAAAAUUUUAACAAUUUUUACGAAUUUCUUGCAAAACGAAAUGAAGAAUAGUCAGUGCAAAAAAAACUAAAAGGUAAACAAAGAUCGGUGCGACUAGUGAAUAUUCGCAUAGUUACGAAAUUACUAUGGAGGAUACCGACGUAUAUAAUUGUGAAUUGAUUGGACAGGUGUUAUUAUAAUAGCUUAAAAUCAUUUAAAAUUACACCCCAAUUAUCAACGCCCAUAUACAAAAAAAAGUAAUUGGUUAUUUCAUACGAUACAGUAACUCUUGUGUUCAAUAUACCCACGUACACACACUUUUGAAUAUUCCACCUCCAGCCUCUUGCAUUUAUGAUCUGUGUGAAAAAAAUUUAGAGUGGUUUUCUUCAUAAUGCAUAAUAAUAUCAUAAUAGGCUAAAAUGUUUGAAUAUGCACUCUGACAAAUUAAAUAAAUAGAGAAUGUUUCAAAAUUAAAAACGCACUGUUAUGUAUUGAUAUGUGAAAGGGAAUAAAUUUUUAGAAGCAAAGAACAAGCAAAUUAACAAAAAAUUAUAUUAAGCAAAUGUGCAAAAAAUACAACCUACUCGAUCUAACAACAGAAAAAUUAUAGGAAAUACAGAAAGAGCAGCAAAAGCGGUUGAAGCGGAAAAAUGUUCCUUAUAUUUUAGAAACGAACUCAAGCAACUACAGCUAGAUUGAAGAAAUGAAUUAAUAAUAUAUAUGCCAUAUAUGCACCAACGGUACCGUUAAAUAUAUCUGGUAAUAUAAAUAUUAGUUGCGGCCGCCAAUAGAACAGCAAAUGCAGCAGCAACUAUAGUUCGUCUAAUAGCAAUAUAUACAAUAGAUCUGCAGGGAUUCUGUAAAAAGGAUUAAUUUUAAGCAAAAAAGAAACCAACCCACAAAAAAAGAAAAAAAUAAAGAACAAUAUUCUCCUAAUGAUACUGCAUUCGAGAAUAUCGACUACAAGGAAAUACCAACUUUUGAUACGAGUUUCCUUAAGUUUCUGAAAUCUUCAACACCAAACUAUUUUAAUUGAUGUUUACGGAUUUUUUUAAAUUAGGAUCUUACAAAGAAGGAAAAACGGUACCUAUCGUUGGUUGCAACUGGACAAACAUAAAGUUCGAAAAGCAAAAUAUAUUUAAAAAAGAUUGUGCAAUAAACAUUACGGCUUCAGAAAAGAGGAGCUCAACCAAAAUAAAAGAAUUAGAGGAAAUACACUCCUAUGUGAGCAUAUCCAUGUGAAAAUAAAAGGAAGUUAAAUUUAAAAUUUACUUCGAAAUCUUUUGCCACAUAAAGAUAGUUGCAGUAGCGUACGUGUUGUGUGGCAACAUUCAUUGUUGCGCUAACCAAAGUCACACGACGACACACACCUACCGAGAAGGUGGUGGCGGCAAAGGAACUGUGGAAGCAUUUGAAUUUAUCAUCUGUCCCAAAAUUGACUACAAAAUAGCUGUAUCAGCGACGCUACACCAGACGAGCAUUGCGCAACGGUGGCAAGCAAAGCACGGCAGCUACAUUGAGGGAGGCUACAGCACGAGCAUUUUGCCCAAAAUCGUUUACUUUAAAUAACAAACAACAUUAACAACAAAUACAGUCCAGUAGUAUAUAGAUUAGAGUGUGUGGUUAAGGGUGCGGCGUAAGCAGCCAAAAAUUUAGCUAGUAUGGAGUGCUGUUUAUCGGAGGAGGCGAAGGAACAGAAGCGCAUUAAUCAGGAAAUCGAACGGCAAUUGCGUCGAGACAAACGCGAUGCGCGAAGGGAACUCAAACUAUUGCUGCUCGGCACUGGUGAAUCCGGCAAAUCGACAUUCAUCAAACAGAUGCGUAUUAUUCACGGCAGCGGUUACUCCGACGAAGACAAACGGGGUUACAUUAAAUUAGUCUAUCAAAAUAUAUUCAUGGCCAUGCAGUCGAUGAUCAAGGCCAUGGAUAUGUUAAAAAUUUCGUAUGGCAAAGACGAACACGGUGAACUUGGCGAACUGGUUAUGAGUAUCGAUUACGAAACAGUCACAUCAUUCGAAGAUCCAUACUUGUCCGCCAUUAAAACGCUGUGGGCGGAUACUGGCAUACAAGAAUGUUACGAUCGACGAAGAGAAUAUCAACUCACAGAUUCGGCAAAAUAUUAUCUGAUGGAUCUCGAUCGUGUGGCUCAACCAGAUUAUUUACCAACCGAACAAGAUAUUUUGAGAGUUCGUGUGCCGACAACGGGGAUCAUUGAGUAUCCCUUUGAUUUAGAAGAAAUUCGAUUUAGAAUGGUGGACGUGGGCGGUCAGCGUUCCGAGAGAAGAAAAUGGAUUCAUUGCUUUGAGAAUGUGACUUCAAUCAUAUUUUUGGUUGCGCUAUCGGAAUACGAUCAAAUUUUAUUCGAAUCUGAUAAUGAGAAUCGUAUGGAAGAAUCAAAAGCUUUAUUUAGAACUAUUAUUACGUAUCCGUGGUUCCAAAAUUCAUCAGUUAUUCUCUUCUUAAAUAAGAAAGACUUAUUAGAGGAAAAAAUCAUGUAUUCACAUUUGGUAGAUUACUUUCCCGAAUAUGAUGGUCCACAAAGGGAUGCGAUUGCCGCCCGAGAAUUCAUACUUCGUAUGUUUGUAGACCUCAAUCCAGAUUCCGAAAAAAUCAUCUAUUCUCAUUUCACCUGUGCUACGGAUACUGAAAAUAUUCGAUUCGUGUUUGCAGCUGUUAAGGACACCAUUCUCCAAUCAAAUCUGAAGGAAUAUAAUCUGGUCUGAAGUGCAUUCAGAUGGACAGACAAUUUUUGUGAUUUUAUUAUAUUCAUGAUUCCUUUUUCGCAUAAAAAUAUAUAAGUAAAACAAAAAAAUAAAUAAAAUAAAAAAAUAAAAGAUACAUAUAACGCUAAAUUAAAAAGAAAAAUUAUAUAAGCAAAAACCCAAAAUAUUAGACAAACAAAAUAGCGCAAAUGGCGAUGAAUAUAAAAAUAAAACUAACGAUUAUUUAAAAAGAAAAUUUUAUAACGCAAAAUAAAAACUAGUAAAUAACAUUAAUAAUAAUAAUAAUAAUUGAAAGUAUAUAAUAUAAUAAAAUGUAUGGAAAUUCAGUAAAACUACAAAAUGAGACGGCAAUCAGGCACCAAAAACAUAUGUAACUAGAGAGAAACGAGUGAAAAUAUUAGUUAAAUGUAUUUUAAAUUUUUUUUCGGUAUUUCCCAAUGGCAACAUGAAAUUGCGAAAACGAAAGGAACGUCUCAUACAUACACACAAACACAUUCAUACGGAAAAUACUGAACACAAGAAGAAAAGCAAAAGAAAAUAAUGAAUAAUGGAAAAAUAAUACACAUGUAUAAUUAAUUACGAAUAUAAACACACCUACAUACAUACAUACUUACAUUAUUUGUACAUGUAUUGAUGAAGUGUACCACUAGAUGUAAACAUAAAUACAUUAAAAACACACAACAUCAAAAAAAAACCAAAAAAAAACCUAAAUAAAUGCUAAAUGAGAAAACGUUUCUUAUUAUGUAAAUAAGAAGAAGAGAGAAGUUCAACCAAAUAUUUAAGGAAAAAAAACAUGAAAAAUAAUCAUCUACAACAACAACUAUAAAUUCAACCGCUCCUACAACUGUUGGCCGGCUGGCUGCGCUAAUGCGCGGCGAAUUGAGCAUUCAAGAGGCAAACAAGUGGCAGCAGCGGUUGACGGCAACAAAUUCACACAUACAUACAUACUUAGUUAAGGCGAAAAUUUAUAAGGGGGGCGAAUUAAGCGAUGAAACUAAAAAGUAACUGCAUAAUAUGCAUUGUUUAUAAAUAAUAAAUUAUUAAAUAAUAUGAAAUGUGAAUUUUGUUUGUGUAGAAUUUGCGCGAAACGUACAGAACAUAUGGAAAAGUUACACUUAUAAAUUGCACAUUUUAACAUAUAAAAACAUUUAAAUAAAUUGCAAAAGAAAACACAAUACGCCAUAAACUCACGCACACUCGCGCACACAAGUAUAUGGUACAUACAAGCAGCAAGCAAAUGUAAAGUUGCAUGUAAAAUGCAGUAACAAAUACAAAAACACACGGUGCAUGCGUUGUAAAGUAAUUAAUUGUAAUGCAAAUACAUACUUACAAACAUACAUACAUAUGUACAUGUAUUUGAAAAAAA